GUGGGAGUCGCUGGUCUUGGUUCUUCCCGGUUCUGUCUCUUGCUUGUUUCCCCCGAUUCGGCUUGUUUUCGCUGCCCGAUGCAUCCGCGGCGCCCCGAGGGCUUCGACGGCCUGGGCUAUCGGAGCGCCCGAGAGGAGCCCGGAGGCUUCGCGGCCAAGCCGGACCUAGGCCACUGGGUCACUACCCCGCCUGACAUUCCUGGCAGCCGCAAUCUCCAUUGGGGUGAAAAGACGCCGCAGUUCGCCGCAGGCACACCUUUGGUGGCGGCUGGGCUCAACGAGGACCCGUACCUAGGAGGCGCUGGCACCAACUCCGAGCAAUUAAAUCGGUUUGCAGGCUUUGGGAUUGGAUUGGCAAGUUUAUUCACAGAAAAUGUACUGGCUCAUCCUUGCAUCGUUUUGCGUCGGCAAUGCCAGGUUAAUUAUCAUGCCAAGAAUUAUCACCUUACUCCGUUUACAAUCAUCAACAUUAUGUAUAGCAUCAAUAAAACACAGGGCCCCAGAGCUCUUUGGAAAGGAAUGGGGAGUACUUUCAUUGUCCAGGGUAUAGCCCUUGGAGCAGAAGGGAUCAUCAGUGAAUUCACGCCCUUGCCAAGAGAAAUUUCAUACAAAUGGAAUCCCAAGCAAAUAGGAGGACAUCUGACCCUAAAAGCGUUGACGUGUAUGAUAGCAAUGCCUUUUUAUUCAGCAAGUUUGAUUGAAACUGUGCAAAGUGAAAUCAUUCGGGAUAAUCCUGGAAUUUUGGAUUGCCUGAAAGAGGGCAUAGGCAGAGCAAUGGGCUUUGGAAUUCCCCAUAGCAAGCGGCUACUCCCUCUAUUGGCGUUGACCUUUCCAACAGUUCUGCAUGGAGUUCUUCAUUACAUAAUCAGCUCGGCAGUCCAGAAACUGGUCCUCUUCUUCCUAAAGAAAGAGAAUUCUCCAAGCUUCCCAGCUGAGAACUCUAAUUCUGUACAAAACAUGUUGGAUGCUUAUUUUCCUGAACUUAUUGCAAGCUUUGCUGCCAGUCUUUGUGCAGAUGUUAUGCUUUAUCCACUGGAGACAGUUUUGCAUCGCCUUCAUAUUCAAGGGACACGCACCAUCAUUGACAAUACAGAUCUUGGAUAUGAAGUUCUCCCCAUCAAUACACAGUAUGAAGGGAUGAGAGACUGUAUCAAUAGUAUAAAACGUGAAGAGGGAAUGUUGGGGUUUUACAAAGGUUUUGGGGCUGUAAUUGUACAGUACACGCUGCAUGUAGCUGUACUACAGCUUACAAAAGUUCUUUACUCCACACUGCUUCAGAACAUUUCUUAAUAAUUAGUGGACAUGGCCAUUUAGUUGGCUAUAUUUUCAGAAAAUAAGUACAGUAGUGAAAUCUGAAAGAUUAAAUAUAUAGUAAUGGUUCCUUCAUAAAUAAAAACAAAGGCAAACAUUUCCUUUACACAGGCUAUGGUAAGAGGAAAUUGAAAUGUGUAGAUCAACACAGGCUUUUAAAAUAUUGAAAUGUAAAUAAAAUAUUAGAAGGCAUUUUAUAUAUCUGUGCAGAGUGUGAUUUUCAGAAUGAUGACAGAUAGUAGAUACAAUUCCACUGGCAAUUUCUGCUGCAUAACUAUUAUAAAUAAAUUAUAGCUACAUAGAAAUAAAGCUGUGUCCUGUUUAAAGCCUUGUCUCUUCUUAGAGAGACCUGCACUGAAGAUUGUUAAUGUGAAAGUGUUAAUUUGGCAGCCUUGGAAUAAAUUGAGAAAGCUAUGUA